UUGCUAUAGAGAUUGUGAGAUCUAAAAGAACCGUGAACCGAUUAUACGAGAAUAAGGCGCAGUUGAAUUCAAUAUCAAUGCACCUUGGAGAAAGUGUCGCCAUUGCUCGGACAGUGGGACAUUUGUCUAAGAGUGCUGAAGUCAUGAAGCUCGUCAAUAAUCUUAUGAAGGCUCCAGAAGUAGCUAUAACAAUGCAGGAAUUUAGUAAAGAAAUGACCAAGGCUGGUGUCAUGGAAGAAAUGGUCAAUGAUGCAGUGGAGAGUGCCCUGGAUUCAGAAGACAUGGAAGAGGAGAUUGAAGAAGAAGUUGACAAGGUCUUGACUGCAAUUGCUGGUGAGACAACUGCACAACUUCCUCAAGCAGUCCGAAAGGAGAAGUUAAAGCAACCCGCCGUAGAGGAUGUAGAGGGUGCUGAUGACGAGGAAGAUUUAGAAGAACUAAGAGCACGUCUUGCUAAAGUUAGAUCCUAAGUUACUUUUAAAUUGCCACUAAGGCUUCAAUGUAAAAUAUGUUUGUAUGUGAAGCGCAAACCUCUUCUAUGGUCUGUCGAGCUGCAUUUUUAUUUGGAAGAGAGGAUAGUAGAGUUCCUUCUGUAUUAGUAGAAUCAAUACUCGUGAUAUCU